AUAGCUGGCGUUCACAUUUAAUUGAACCAACCCCACGCUCUCUUCUUCUAAAAUAUAUCCAUCUAUUAUUCUAUUCUUUUUUCUUCUUCAAACUUAUCUAUUUAUACGCUUUUCUUGCUUUGCUUCUACUUGAACCGGCACUUUCUAGUUUCAACUCCUUGCUUCUCAUCAUCCACAAUGGCUUCCAAAAGUGUGUUCUUUCUGGCGGCUGCUUUUCUCUCUGUUACUUCUUCAAUGGCUUCAUACCCUAGUGUUGAUGAGUUCAAGGAAGAGGCUUUUUAUUCCAGAGUAGUAGUAGCUCCAACACCAGCCCCUGCACCACCAGUGGUCAAGCCACCCAUCACUAAUCCACCAGUAGUGAAACCUAGUCCGCCGGUAGUCAAGCCACCAGUUUAUUCUCCACCAGUGGUCAAGCCACCCAUCACUAAUCCACCAGUGGUGAAACCUAGUCCCCCGGUAGUCAAGCCACCAGUUUCUUCUCCACCAGUGGUCAAGCCACCAACUCCUACCACACCGGUCGUCAAGCCACCAGUUUCUUCUCCACCAGUGGUCAAGCCACCAACUCCUACCUAUGUGAAACCCCCGGCACUCCUUGUCAAGCCACCAGUUUCUUCUCCACCAGUGGUCAAGCCACCAACUCCUACCACACCGGUCGUCAAGCCACCAGUUUCUUCUCCACCAGUGGUCAAGCCACCAACUCCUACCACACCGGUCGUCAAGCCACCAGUUUCUUCUCCACCAGUGGUCAAGCCACCAACUCCUACCCCACCAGUCGUCAAGCCACCAGUUGCUACCCCGCCAGUGACCAAACCCCCCACUCCUUCACCACCACUAACCAAGCCACCAAGUAGUCCUGCACCAGUAACCAAACCACCCACCACUCCAACACCACCAGCAUAUAAGCCACCAGUGACGCCACCAUCUGGUUCACCAAUGCCCCCUCCGGUUAGAACAAGAGCAGAUUGCCUCCCACUAUGUGCAGAAAGAUGCAAAUUACAUUCAAGAAAAAACAUCUGUGAAAGAGCUUGCAUGACAUGCUGUGACAGGUGCAAAUGUGUGCCCCCAGGAACUUACGGUAACAGAGAAAAAUGUGGCAAGUGCUACACUAACAUGACUACUCGUGGCAACAAACCCAAGUGCCCUUGAAAUUUCAAGAAACUAAAACUACUUCUCUCUUCAUAUAUAUUAUAGUUAUAGAUAAAUGAAAUAUAUCUUUCUAAUUGUUAUUUAAGUUUCAAGUCUCUAAUGGAGAAAAAGAAAUAAAUGUUCUUGUUUCUGUUUCUGGCGUUAGAUGCAGGUAGUAUAUAUUAAUUGAGCAAUCAGUGUUAUAAAUAUUGUACUGAGGCAAGUCUGUGCUUAGGUAGCUGUUUCCUUGAGUUUUAAAUGCUGAUUGCAGAUAUUAAUAUAUGUUGUUGUUUCAGUAAUAUAUAAACGGUCAGGUUUAAAAUUGCA